CAGAGGCAGCGCGCGUGCAUUUCUUCGUUCCUGAGACCUGAAGCUUAUCUGGGCUUGAGGUUGUUGACUCUUCAUCCUUAAGAAUUAAAUCCGGUUUUAGCUCUUACACCUCCUUUCUAGUUCGAUACAUUCCAGAAUCUACCCCACCCUCACCCCUCCUAUACAGUCCACUACAUUCCGCCGUCGCCCAACAUGGUGCUCGACUACAGCAAAUGGGAUGCGCUUGAACUCUCGGAUGACUCCGAUAUUGAAGUGCACCCCAAUGUCGACAAGCGUUCGUUCAUCCGGGCCAAACAAGCUCAGAUCCAUCAACAGCGUUCCCAGCGCCGCUAUGAGAUCGAUACUUUGAAGUACGAACACAUUGUCAACGACGGCCUGCUUUCCAGAAUCGAUAAACUCCUUACAUCCCUGAAGCAGAAUGAGGGCUCCAAGAGUGUUGAAGAAGUCAUCUUCCAAAACCUUAUGGAAUUCGCAGGCAACCCCUCGGAGGACCACCCCCCCGCGCCCCCCGCGGGAGUUCACACCCAGGAGAAGGAGCAGCCUAAGUAUUCGCAGAUGAUGAGCGCUCUGCUUGAUCAGGUCAAGAAGGAGAUGGGCGAUGCCAGCACGGAGGACCUCUAUCAGGAGUAUAUCAAGGGCGUGAAGCGACACGAGGAUAAGGUACAGGGCUUGCAGAUGGAACUGCUACAAAGACUCGCCCAGCUUGAGAAGGAAGAGCGCAGCAAAAUCACCAGCGAUAAGUUGCAUGAGGGGUUCAACACUUCCCACAUUGCCAAGGGAGGCGAUGCGAAAGGCACGGGAUCGUCACAGCAGACGGGGACGGUCGAGCUUCUGAAUCCUGGAGCAUCAACAGCGGGCUCGUCUCAACUGGCUGCUGCUGAUGAUGAUGACGAAGAGGAAGAUCCCGAGGAUAUCAAGGCCAGCGACCUAGCCAAGCGAUUUGCAAAGAUUGACCGUAGUGAUUACCGUGCUUUGCUUCAAUUUGUGUCCGCGAACCCGCAGAUCGUCGCCGAGAAGGAAACGGAUGGUCUACUGGUCGAAGCUUUCAACAGCCAAAUGGAAGGGAAGGAGGACUACGCUCGCACGUGUGUCCACCAAGGCUUGUUGCUGCAGUACUGCCGCUCCCUCGGCCGUGACGGAAUCUCUCUUUUCUUUAAACGUAUCACGACCGCGGACCACCAGGCAGGAACUCUCUUCCGUAAUGACGUCAACGAAACCUAUAAUAAGAUCAAGACCCGUGCUGCGGAGCUUGCAAGGGACAGCUCUGCAUCCAACGAUCCGGCUGGCGUGGAGCAGAUCCAGCUGCAUGCAGUUGACCCUAACACUAAGAUCACCAUCAACAUCCCUGCUGCUGAGAGCAAUGAGCCAAUUGAGAUCGAGGCACGCAAGGUCUUCGAGUCCUUCUCCAAGGACAUGCAAGCAGCACUCGCUUCGGAGUCCCUAGAUGAGGUCAACAAGGUCCUCGGCGAGCUGAGUGUCGAGGAAGCUGAAGAUGUAGUUGAGAAGCUGGGACAGAGUGGCAUGCUGAGCCUCGAAGAAGGCAUCGUCGACGCGACCACUGAAGAAGGUAGAAAGAAGCUGGAGGAGAUCGAGGCCGAGAAUAAGCGGGAAAGAGAGGAAAAACAAGAGAUAGGAGAGCCGGGGGGUGAUGUCACUGAGCUGGACUGAGGGCAUGAGUGACUGUGCAUCUGCUGAAUGAUGGGACGUGUAUAUUCGACAGCAGCUGUCAUACUGUUUAUUCGGCUUAUACUAUACUCAAAUUGCUUGUAAUGCAUCUACACGCCUGGCACGGGUAU